UUGGUUGUGAAGAACGAAAAGAAGAAAAUAAAACUACAAGGUUAAUUUUUUGUCCUUCUGUGUGAGAUAUAUCAAAAGAGUAAAUGGCAAGAAGAUGGUCUUUUUACAUGGAUAUGCUGCCAGUUUUGGUGAUUAUAGGCAACCAAUUAAGUUUGGUAGCAUUAGUCACACUGUUCAAAGAAGCCACGCUGCAAGGGAUGAACAACCAUGUCUUUGUUGCUUAUACUUCUGCUGUUGCUGCCACUCUACUCUUUCCUAUCACUUUUUUCAGAAGAAGAUCAAGAGUGGUUCCUCCACUUAGUUUCUCCAUAGCAUCCAAAAUCAUGUUCAUUGGGAUGAUAGGAACCUCAUCUCAGAUAAUGUAUUAUGUUGGAGUUAGCUACAGUUCUCCAACACUUGCUUCAUCAAUCGCCAAUCUGGGCCCUGCUUUCACCUUCAUUCUUGCCAUCAUUUUCAGGAUGGAAAAGAUAGCUGCCAAAAGCAGAAGUAGUCAAGCUAAGGUAGUUGGAAGCAUAAUAUCAAUAACAGGAGCAUUUGUAUUGACUUUGUACAAAGGCCAUUCAAUCAUCAAAGCUCAUUCCCAUGAUCUUUCCAUACCACUUCAACAUCCAUUUAGCUUUCUUAAAUCUGGGGAUGCAGAUUGGGUCAUUGCUGGCAUUCUGCUCACAGCUGAAUGUUUAAUAGGUUCAUUAUGUUACAUUGUGCAGGCUGAUGUUCUAAAAGUGUUCCCGGAUGAAGUGACAAUAGUCCUCUUUUACAACGUGACUUCCACAGUCAUGUCUACACUUGUAGCUUUAUUUGCAGUGCCAAACGCAAAUGCUUGGAAAGUAGGACUGAAUAUUUCAUUAAUCUCCAUUAUUUGCACUGGAACAAUUCAGAAAGUCAUGGGCUAUAUACUUUCCACGUGGGCACUGCGCUUAAAGGGGCCUGUGUAUCUAGCAUCAUUCUCACCCCUCCAAAUUGUUUUUUCUAUUGCCAUGGGUGUCAUCUUCCUUGGUGACUCUCUUCAUGUUGGAAGUAUAGUUGGAGCGGCAAUAGUAUCAUUUGGCUUUUAUGCUGUGUUGUGGGGCAAAGCAACAGAGGAGAUAGAGGAAGAAGUUGAUUACCCGGAAUCACCAGCUACUGAGAAUGUUCCUUUAUUGCAAAGCUAUGGAACCGAAAACUUAUGAAAAGAAAACAGAUGGAAAUGUCUAAAAACUAGUGAAAACUCAACAGCCAUUAAUUUAUCUUUUAGCAUCUUAAGAACAUGUUCUUUUGUACCUCAUAACAAAGUUUGUUUAUCUUUUAUUUUCUUGUCUCCUUUCACCAUUAAGGAAAACUGGUGAUAUGGAGGACGACAACAAACCAAACCAAUUCUAAUAUAAUUCGAGUCUCAAUUCGACUACUAA